CAGACUGUUUCCAUCUUCACUCACUCAGCGCUAAAUAUUCAGCUUGUCUGCCAGCAAGUUUGCAGCAUGGAACAACUCAACUCCUCUGUUGUCCCUUCUAACAUCUCCUCCUCUCCUGGACAUCCAUCUCCUGCCUCCUGGGUCUCCAGGGGUCUCAUCCCUGCAAUGGUGCUGUUACUCUGCUUCCUGCUGGGAGUUCCUGGAAACAUCGCUGUGAUCAUCCUCAGACCAAACUGGCAGCACCUGUCCAUUCUGAGCCAGCGUUUGAUGCUGAAUUUGGCCAUAUCAGACCUGCUCUGCCUGUUCACCCUGCCGCUGUGGAUUUACACUUUGCUGCAAAGCUGGACCAUCGGCCUGGUGACCUGUAAGAUCCUGGCGUAUCUCGUUUACUGUGGCCUUUAUGGUAGCCUGCUGACUGUGACGAUGCUGAGUGUCCAGCGCUACCUACAGGUGGUGCACCCACAGAGGUGCUUCAGUCAGGUAGGAAGGAGGAGGCUGCUGGUUCUGCUCUGGCUGGUUGCGAUGAUCCUGUCCAUCCCAGCUUUAGUGUUUCGACAGCUGACCACAUACCAGAACUGGACAAUCUGCCAAGCUCAUUUCUCUUCCCCGGCCCAGCAGAUAGCCGUCCUGCUGGCAGAGACUCUGCCGGGAUUUGUUUCAAUUAUUGUCGUGGUAUUUGCAUACAAUGGCCUCCACAGAAAAGUGAACCAGGCGGUUUUCUUCAGCAACCCACAGACGACCCGGCUGGUCACAAGUAUCAUCGUGGUAUUUUUUGUCCUGUGGGUGCCAUAUCAUAUCGUAAAUGUGCUCGGUGUGGCAGCUAACUCGCUCAAAAACGACGGCCUGUUGAAGUUCUGCGUGGACAGCCGGAACAUUGUUGAAGCACUGGUAUUUGUGAAUAGCAGCCUGAAUCCACUCCUUUAUGCGUUUGCUUCUAGAAACAUGUGCACUGUGUGCCGAAAAAGGGAACAUACUGUUAAUGCAGAAGCGCAGUAGCAGGAAGUCUAAUCAUUUGAUUCACAAUACAUUUAACUCACAUGACUGAUCAGCUGUUUCCGCUGUCGGCGCCUUCUCAGAUAUUCUCAUAAUGUGUCAAUGCUAGUCUUCGUCUCCAGACAACAUGAAACAUGAUCAAUACUAGCUGACAUGAAAGAACAAUUAAAACUUGACCAAUUGAAACAAAUUCCUGAAGACCUCUCUCCAUUUUUCUCUCGUAGAUGGUUAGACGGAAAGCAGACUUGUUUUGUUUCCAGUUCGCAACCUCUAUUUCUUCUUAUUGGCGGAUUACAGCCAUGCGUCACCUAUAGCUCCAACUUCUGACCAAACUACACUGUAGCAGAGUUUAUUCACUCCAAACCUGUAAAAUGCGACUAAUUUGCAUAUCUUUUUUGUGACAUUUCAAAAUUUCCCUUAAAAUUUUCUUAAACGUUGAAUGGAAACAUGGCUAUUGUAAUGUCUUCUUAAAGGUAUAAGAACAGUGCUCCCGCACAGUAGCAGUGUGCUUCCAAAGAUAACUUCCAGACAAUUUCUCUGAUAUUGUAAAAUGUUUCACUUAAUUGUCUUUACGACCUCUGUGACUACGCUUAGUCUCUGUACAAAUAAUUCUCAAUAAAGCUCUUUGUUGUUCUUCUACUGAUGUGUCUUGUGAUAGCUGGCUACAUCCAUUACUGCAUCUUUUUGUUCUCCUUUCCUUUACACUCUCUCCGGCCGUCACCUUUAGUGCUUUCUUUUCAUUAAUUUCCGGCGGGACUGGAACUGACACUUUGAUAUGUUUGGUGAACCAGCAGGUCUAGGGGGGGUCUUCCAGUGUGUGAGUGGCUGAGAAGAGGGGCUUUCUCUCCUGUAGUAACUCUGUUGGUCGUGCCCUCAGAGGCCAAGGAAACGCCAAAAGUCACAAGUCUUUUGUCAGCUGCUGUUUCUAAGGUCAAAAGUGAACUCUGAAUCUCACAUUUUAAGCCAACAUGGACAAUUAGUCCUUAAAGUGCCCACAAAAAAAACAUGUCAUUUGGGGAACAAACUGGGAUUAUUGUGUGGAAAAUGCUUUCGCUUUGACAUCAUGUCAAAGAAUAGAGUCGUCACUGUUGCAGUAUAUCUAGUUAUGAGAAGUAGGGCCCAGCUAUGAUGGAAGUGUGAUAUCCAGACAGGACUUCA